CGCGAGUUAGUAGUCGCAAGAUGGCUGAUGUCGCUUGAAGUAACGUUACCCACUGCAACAUGAAGUCGUAAGUGUGGAAGACAGCGAGGGAGGCACCAUCGGGCUUUUCUUUUUGUUUUUCUUUUAGUUCCUUUCAUUUCCUUUGGUUUCACAUCCAUCUCAGCCCGCGUCGACGCCGGGACCUGCCCGCUAGCCGCUAGCCCCGUUAGCCACCAGCAGUCCAACUAGCCAGUCCGCCGGCACGGUGCCUCGUAGUUUCUUACCAACUUACAUUCUUUUUACAUUUGACCCCGAAACCAACCCGUUACACUACUGCUGCAUUUUCCAGGCGGUAUUGGCAAGAAUAGGUGACAGUAGAAGACAUAGCUGCGCUGAAAGCCCCGGUUCUCCUCCGUAGCGUGAUGUCCGCGGACCGGCCAUCCAGCCCGGGGAUCGCUGUCUAAUACGCAGUAAAUCAUCCGUUCCUGAGCGGCGAUCAGCGGGAUUAAUAGCAGACAUCUCAGCAAUAUCCAGCCCCGAGCUUCCUCCCCGUCCCCCGCCACCACCCGGGUGUUUGAAGGCUCGCGUAUUCCCAGCGAAUGAUGAGUAAUAAUGUGUAGAGAGUAGCAGCCUGGCCUUCUGCUGCUCCAUUAGAACCUCCGGGGAGGGAUGGACGCUAGACUCGGUCAAAAGCACCAAAACUGAACAUUACUUUCCUCCAUCACCUUUAAUCUCCAUUAUCUGACUCGGAUGUGCAGCUUGUGCAGCGGGGACUGGUUUCUCUAGCCCGAUCAUCGCAGGAUAAGUUUGAUUUUAACUCCAGUUCAGUCACUAAAGCCCAGUUAGCAGCGCUGCAGCCCGGCUCCACCACGGCGUACAGGACGUGCUCGGACCCGGCUCCCGGCCACACACACCGGCUCAACAACACCAUCAUGGGGGUGCAGGGCUUCCAGGAGUACCUGGAGAAGCGGUGCCCCGGGGCCGCGGUCCCGGUGGACCUGCUGAAGCUGUCCCGGACCGCGGCCCGCCAGGUCCCGGUCCCCCCGCACCACCACCACCACCAUCACCACCACCACCACCACCCCGGGCCCGGGCCCAUGCCUCCCCCGCCCACCAGGAUCCUGGUGGACGCAGACUCCAGCCUGCAGCGCCUGUACGGCGGCUACCAGACGGACUGGGUGUGCGGGGGCGAGUGGAACGCCAUGCUGGGCUACCUGGCCGCCCUGUCGCAGGCCUGCCUGUACCAGGGCGGCCUGGAGCUGGUCGUGGUGUUCAACGGCACCCUGGGGAAGGAGCGCUGGCCCGACUGGGCCCGGCGGGUGCAGGGCCAGAGACAGACGGCGCAGCUGAUCGUGAACCACGUGAGCAGCAAGGCGACCCCCCCGCCCCGGGCCUGGUUCCUGCCCCCCACCUGCCUGGGCCACUGCGUCCGCCUCGCCAUGUUCCGCUUCCGAGUGAGGGUUGUACAAACUUUGGAGGACCACCACCAGGAAGUGUUGUCUCUGUACAGGGACUAUGGAUUUGCUGGCCUCAUCGCUCAGGAUUCCGAGUUUGCCCUUUGCAACGUACCCGCUUACUUUUCUUCACAUGCACUCAAGCUGAGCUGGAACGGGAAGAACCUGACCACGCACCAGUAUCUGCUGUCUGAAGCUGCCAGGCAGCUGGGGCUCAAGACGCAGCACCUGCCACUCUUCGCUGCUCUGCUGGGAAAUCAUAUUUUGCCUGAUGAGGACCUGGCUGCCUUCCACUGGAGUCUGCUGGGGCCAGAACACCCACUAGCUUCCCUCAAGGUGCGAGCCCAUCAGCUGGUGCUGCCCCCGUGUGAGGUGGUGAUCAAAGCCGUCUCAGAGUACGUCUCCUCCAUCAAAGACCUGGGGAAUCUGGACACCAUUGCCAGAGACGUCUUCAAACAGUCACAGUCGCGUAUGGAGGACAAGGUGGAGCGAUUCAAAAAAGCUGUGGAGUAUUUCUCAGCUGCUUCCAAAACACGCUCAUCUAACAUGGGGCCCUUCUCCUUCCUCUUACCUGGAUUUGGACCCGCUCCAUUUGGACCACCGGGCUACAUGGGACCGAUGCUACCUGGAAAGAAUCAGUUUCCUCCUCCUCAGCUUCCAGCUUUAAAGUCCCCCUGUCAGAACGCUCCGUACGGCCCGGGCCCCGGGCCCGUGUUCCAGGCCUCCCCGCUGCCGUCCCAGGACUGCAACGACACGCUGAUAGCAAAGAUGGGCUUCUCCGACUGGUCGGCCCCGUAUGAUUCCAGCCAGGGCGGGGGUCGUCUCCCCAACCACCACAGCAGCUCCCAGCCCGGGCCCUCGCCGUCUCCUUCCUCCUCAUCAGACGGUGACGAGCCCAACGACAGCAACACUAACCAUUUGAUGGACAAGCCCCCUCGGUGGGAGGAUCCGACUGGACGAGGCCUCUCUUCUGGAGACGGUUCUGCAGGAAACGGGAGCGGGUCAAACAUUCCAUCACUGCUGUCAAUGUCGACACGGAAUCAUAUGGACAUCACCACCCCCCCUCUGCCUCAGGUUAGUGCCGAGGUUCUACGCGUAGCUGAACACAGACACAGAAGAGGACUGAUGUACCCCCAAAUAUACCACAUUUUGACCAAGGGAGAGAUGAAGAUGCCAGUGUGUAUAGAGGAUGAGUGUAACAACGAGCUUCCUCCUGCCUCUCUGCUGUUCCGUGCUACCAGACAGUAUGCAUACGGUGUCCUCUUCAGUCUGGCUGAAACACACCGCCGCCUGGAGAGAGUGGCUCUCCGCAAAAGGAGCCCCUUGGAAGUUCCUCCAGUGAUCGUGAAGGAGUGGAGCAGCGGUAAGGCCAAGUCGGCCCUGACGCCGGAGCUGGUUCCAGCCCUGUGUUUCCGGGAGUGGACCUGUCCCAACCUGCGGCGGCUGUGGCUGGGCCGGGCCAGCGAAGACCGCUCCAGGAGAACCAGGGCCUUCCUGGCCUGCCUGCGCUCCGACUGCCCAGCCCUCCUCAACCCAGCACAAGUCCCACAGCAUCUGCUGCUCAUGUGCUGCGUGCUCAGGUAUAUGAUGCAGUGGCCUGGCGGGAGGAUCCUCCAGAGACACGAGCUCGAUGCCUUCCUGGCCCAAGCUGUUUCCAGCCAGCUCUACGAGCCGGACCAGCUACAGGAGCUCAAGGUGGAGAAGGUGGAUGCCCGCGGCGUGCAGCUGGCUGCUCUCUUCAUGGCUGGGGUUGACACAGCGUUAUUCAUCAAUGAUGUCUGUGGGCAGCCGUUGCCAUGGGAACACUGCUGCCCCUGGGGCUUCUUUGACGGAAAACUGUUCCAGAGCAAACUGGCUCGGGCGGCUCGUGACCGGGCGGCCCUGCUGGACAUGUGUGAGGGGCAGGAUGAGCUGGUGUCAAAGGUGGAGAAGAUGCGUCAGGCAAUCCUUGAGGGCAUCAACCUAUCGCGCCCUCCUCCUCCUCCUCCUCCCCUCCCACCCCCGGCCUUCCUCCCUCCGGCCAUGAUGCCCUCCUUCUACCCCAUGCACCCUCUGUACCCGCCCCGCCCCAUGGGCGGCCUGCCCUCCCACCACCCCCACCACCCACACCACCACAGCCAGCACAGACCCAGAGCCUUCCCAGGAAUCCAGUCCAUCCCCCCUCAGGGAGGGAAGCUGGAGAUCGCCGGCAUGGUGGUGGGCCAGUGGGCGGGAAACAAACCACUCCGGGGCAGAGGAAGCUUUAAUAUGCACGUGGUGUCCGUGGGAGCAGGAAAAGGUAGGGGAAGAGAGAUUCCAGUAAAAAUAAAGGGAGGGAAAAAGGCAGUUGCCAGCAGAACACAGGCUUCGUCCUCCCCCCCAGCCAGCAGCCCCCCAAAGUCCUCCGAGGAGGCCGGCUCCGCUCCAGAUAUUCCAGCGGGGCAGCUGAACGGCAGCUCAGCAGCCUCUGCCAUCGGCCAGCCCCUGGAGCUGGCCCCCCUGGCCCAGCCAAUCCCGUGUGCCUUAGCCCGCAGAGACAGCCAAUCAGAGGGGGUGGAGGUGGAGGCCCCCUGUUGCCUUGACAACUGCCCAUCAGACAAAGCUCUGCAGAAAGAGGAGUGACGGCAUCCUUCCCAGGGUGCACUGCUGUCAGAGUUGUGUGUUUGACUGCCUUUCCCUGUUUUUGUAGCCCUUGUUUGCUAGCUGUUCACAUUAUCACAUGGGGAAGGGAGUCCUUUUCUUCUCCAUCUGAUAAACUAAAGCAGUUUGCUGUUGCUCCUUUUAAUUUUCUUACGUUGAUUAACAUUGUUUCUCAAGAAAGGCUUUCUCCAUACUCCCCCCGCAAAACAAAAGAGUUCCUAAAUGUCACUUUCCUACACGUAGACCAAAAUAAGCUUGAUUCUCUCUCCCAUCAUGACUCACCACGUAAAGCAUAUUGCCCCCCCAUCCCCCAAAAGAGUAGGGGUUUCUUCACAGAUGGAGUUCCUUAUUGUGUGAUUCUAGUGGUCCCAGUGUUUGAAUCUCUGCACAUUGAUGUUAAUCGUAGGCACAGUGACUGAUAGAACAUGGUUUCCAUGGUUUCCACGGCCACCGCUCCCCGGCCUGGUCUAGUCAGUAGUUGUGUAUCGGUGUGGCUAGUUCCCGUGAGAGGUUUACUCUCACUUUAGUUGAGACACGUGUUGACUGGGUGUACGUGAGGACGUCUGGAGCAAAGUAGUGUCCCGUUCUCCCGUGCAGUGACCCGUUACCAGAACCGCCCCACACAAAGUAUUACGUUAGGAACCCCCGUCAUCCAUCCAUCCAUUGAUCUCCGGAGCACUACGGCACCGUCAUGAAAUUAGAGCUUAUUUUGACCUAUGUAGCAUUGGUACCAGUGCUGAGCUGUUCUAAUAAACCCCAUGAAUUUAUGCACCUUAAGCCCUCUAGUAUGCAAGAUUGUCCCUUCCCCCCUUUCUCCCAAAGCUUUGAUUGUAUUAACCCAGCAGAAGCACUUAAAGUUGAAUAUAAAUAUAAUGAAUCAGAACAGGCCCCUAUAGAGCUGAACUGACAGUCUGUCAGGGGGUUCCCCACUCCUGAAUAAAUCUUUGUCGCAUAGAAACUACGUUUAAAGGUAGAGAUCUAUUUGAGAGACGUCAGAAUGUCAACAGAGUGAUUUCAGACAAAGAAGCACUUUGUUUAAAAAUUGUCAAAUGUAUGACACUGGAUAGUCCUCUACCAGUGGAUAGAAAAACUAAAGUGUACACCUUUGGCACCUUCUUAUAUUGAGGCCAAAAAGAUAAAUAAUGCUACCCAGUUAAGGAUGGAAAUGAUUUCUGAAGAUUUAGCUAAAACUGCUGCCAGGAAGAGACUGGAGACAUUCAGACACGACUUUGACAUGUUUGUAAGGAUUCUGACUGCACAAGUGAGACUCCUUGAAGUUGCUUCAGAUUCGUUUUAUAUAUAUAUAUAUAUAUAUAUAUAUAUAUAUAUAUAUAUAUAUAUAUAUAUAUAUAUAUAUAUAAAGAAGAAGAAUUGAAAAGUUCCAAAGUGUGUACUGAUAGGCCACUGCCUGAGGCAGCACGUCAUGUAAAGGGGUAGUGAUGGAGCAACGUUGCCAUGACGAUAGCCAGACACUGAGCCGUUGCUCUGCACGGCUCUUUCGUGUCAUUUUAGACCAAUAUAAAACUUUCUCCUGCUCUGAAAGUCUCUCAGCUACGAGAGACGGUGAGCAGCGUCACGCGUCACAUGACCGGGAGUUCCUCAUGGUCCGGCCUGAGAGCCACUCCCAUUCUGUGACUAUUAUAUACUGAAAUGUUCUACUUGAGCACUUAUGUUUGUAUCUGAUGAAAUGUGCCCUCAACCACAGUAGUUCUCUUCUGACAACAGAAAGAGGCGCAUUUACAUUUUUUUGGGAAAACUGGUAGCGCAGCUGCAAACGGAAACGCAGUAGACCAUCAAGUAUUGUUGGAGAGAUGCUGACCAUGAACAUUGCAAUCUCUUACAAAAAGCUACUAAGAAAAGCUGAAAUCGAUUGAUUAUGAAAAAUGGAAACAUGAAAAAAGACGAGUCAGAAAAGCACCUUAUUUUCUUACAUUAUUGACUUGUGUUCUAUAGAGUGCCACAAAUUAGUCACUGAAAAAGCUUUGAUGAAAUGCAGUUUUGAAGGAUAAGUCCUUGACUAUACGUUGAUAUAGUGGCUGAUAUCAGACAUCCCCUCAGUUCUGAACUAGGACAGUGACAUUAGUUGAUCUGGCCGUGAGUGUAGGCUUACACUCAGCACAGGCCGGCCCGUCAACUUACACCAACACCAACGAAAUCACAGGUUUGAACUUCCCAGCCCUCGGUAGGGACGGAAGCAUACGAGUGCUGUAGGAGCUUCUAGACGAACCAUAGGUAACAGCAGGAGCUUAACGCAGGACUAUAAAUCACAAGUGACCAAGACUAGACAAGAGAAUAUAGCUCCACUGGUCAAAAUACAAAGUCUAGCAUUUCUAGGAGUCAUAUACUUAACUGCUUUAUACUAUUGACAUUAGUACAAAUAUGUGUCUUACAACAGUACAUUGUUAAAAGAUGGCUUUUCUGCGGGGAGCCAGAGUGUAAUCUGGUGUAUGAUACUCUAUCUUGAUUUGCUCGUUGGUUAACAGUUAAAACACACGUACACAGAACAAACACGGUUGGAUUUGUUCCCGUCAGCGUCCGCCGCUCUCGCACCGACGUGAUCCGGUGGAGCUGCUUCUCCCACAUCACUGCUGACUCGCAAAUCUCACACAAAUUUACACCAACGGAUUCAAAUUGACUUGUUAAAGUCUCAGCCAGAAACACAAUCAUUAUCCAUCUAAACACAGCACAUUCAUGCAGACACACACAUAACAUAGAUGUUAAAUCCUGAGUUACACGAUAGCAUUGUAGGGAAAAAGAAAAUGACACGACACAUUAUGUAGUGUCCCUCUUCGGUUCACAUCUGUUUUAGUUUGAUAGGAAAUUGAUCAAUGGCAUUUAUGCUUGAUAUCUUAACAGUCCCCUUGUUAUUAUGUUCUUGUCUCCCAAUAUCCUGGUCAUUCACAUCUUUUCUCUGUCCUUAAACCCCCUGAUCUGCUGUUGAGUGCAUGCAUCUGCUCACACACCAACCAGCCCAAAGGCCGUUAACGUUAGCGUUAGCGCUGGCCACACAUAGAGAAACAUAGACACAGAUGAAGCAUUCAUGAUGACACCCCACCUCUAUUUCAGUUGUCUUUCACCCCCAUCUCCUCUUUGACUCUUUCUUUGUCCUCAGGACCGUAUUGUUCUUUUUCUCCUUUCUGUUUGGGCUGCCCCCAAACCUUGAUCAGCCUAACUAACAAUAAAGGUUAUAUUAACAUUGAUAAUAAGUUUCUGUGUGUAUCUAGCCAGAGUUGGGAAAAACUAAAAAAAAAAAGGAAAAAAAAUAAAAAAGUCAAGUCUUUUA